AUGGAGUACUUAGGCGCGAUCCUGUCCUACGAUAACUUUGAGGGACGCACCAUCAGGCAUCGUUCCGAUAAAGCGGACACGGCGUUCAAACAACUCGGCAAGGUUCUUCGCGUCAAUGGGGUGCUGACGGCGGGGCACAGGCUCCGGAUCUACAUCGCAAUUGUUGUGAGCUCCUUGCUGUAUGGGCUGGUCUUUGUGGGUAUCACCGCCGAGGUCGUGCGAAAGCUUUCUUCCGACAUUGCUCAACAUCUCCGCAAAGUUCUCAGAAUCUAUGAACAUGGGAUCAGCAACGAGGAAGUGCUUGAGCGUGCUCAAAUUCGUCCCAUGCAGCUCCUGUACCAGCGCAUCAGCAGGCUAUGCCGGCAAAUCACCAUCGACGAGGGACGCAGUGCGGCUCUCAAGCACCCUGAGCAAGUGCGUGCCCAAGCUAUCCUGGAACAGGUCGCUGCUCUCAGAUGUGGCGCGCAUGGACUCACGGUCCUUUCGGGCAGGAAGACUGCCAUCUGCUCGGUAGACUGUCCGGUGUGCGGCCUUGCUUUUGGGACCGCGGAGGGGCUGUCACAGCAUUUACAUCGCCGACACCCUGAUGUACGGCGUGGCUCCAAGCUGCGCUUUUGCCGUGCUGAGCAGUCUCUGUUUGGUGUGCCAAUAUGUAGGUUCUGCCACUUUCGAGCUCACGACUGGAGCUCACUUCGCAAGCACCUCGAAUCAGGCAGUUGUCCGUGGGUGCAGCGGCAAAUUAUUGAAGGGUACACGGUCGAGGAUCUACUCACCCGCAUUCAAGACCACGAAGCCCAGCACCCGCCUCAACCACCGGCCGCGGCACUCGUGGAGGAUGAGCUUGCGAAAGCUCGGCUACUGCUUCAGGAUGGUGCCUUUGACCCAAAGUCGGACGGCGGUGCCAUACGGUGUUUGGCUCAACAGUGUAUUCUGUGCUCUCAGCGUAUCCGGUACUCAGCCAGGAUCAAACCGCACUGGCAGAUCCAACACCCCGGGGCCUGGGAGGCCAGCCACCACAGUGCAAGUUCAGGGUCGGCCAGCUUGGUGGCUUUGUUUCGAAAGCCUUGUGUGUUUUGCGGUAGUCAGGCCAAAAACACUCGUGGUCAUGCGUCGCAAUGCCCGGCACUUUUUCAGGCUCUGGCCGCUAAAGCCCUGUUGCAGCAAGGGUGUACAUUGCAGCAGGCGGCAGCCGCAGGAUUCACCAUCGGGAACCGCCCUCGAGGCCUUCGCCAAGGGUCUCUCAUGGAGCACUGGGCCAAGCAGGGGUCUGUGUCCGAAAAGGCGCCAGCUCUUCCUCAGCGUGGCUGUGCUCCGCCGACUCAGGCACCCGUGUCAAUUACGGCUGAUAACCCGAUUAAUCCGCCCCCCCUGCCCGUUGUCCUUCCCCAAGACUGGAUCCUCCGACUUGUCUUGCGCAAUCCUCACAACCACUGCUAUGCAAAUGCUGGUUUUCUUGCUUUGCUGCAUGCCCUCGAGGGUCUCUCCUCCUUCCCGCGGGCCCUUCGCUCCCUGCGCACAGCUGCGUAUCAGGCCGCGCAACGGAAUGCCGGCCUUACACUUGCGAGUCAGUUUCCUCUGCGCAGUCUUUUGCGUCACUGGCACUUCGGGCCAGCCCAACAGGACACCCUGGAGUUCAUUACGCCCCUCAUACAGGCGGCAGGGAUUGAUGCGGGAAGAUGGGAAGCUCGCUUAUUAGCUGAGGGUCGUGUGAGCAAACAGGCCGAAGGAGUUGGGCCCAUCAUGCUUCCAGCUGUGGAGCGGAAUGUCACCCUGCAGGAGGCCCUUACUCAAUGGCACCGGCAAGGCUUUCCACAUGCGCUUUGCGCAGCCUCGGACCUCUUACUGUUUGGAUUGCACAGGUACGCUGGCGUCAACAAAUCCUUCAGUGAGGUCUGGUUUGACGAAGAUGUCAAGGUUCCGGUCUUUGGUGAUAGGCUGCAGGUCCGUUGGCAUGUGUACCAGGUUGUUGCUGCGGUACUUCAUUUUGGCGCCACGCCUCGUGCGGGGCAUUAUCGCUCACUGCUCAGAUGCUCUGAUGCCUGGCAUUUCACGCAAGAUGGCACAGAGCUUGCCAUGUACAGUGCCUUUCGUCCCCAGAGUGCCCAGUCCACUGCCCCAACUGAGAGCGGGGCGCAAGCAUCUGAUCCCAAGAAGCAGCGGACUUCCGAUGGUGGAUAUGGCAGUGGCGCAGGCAGGCGAGGCUGGAAACCCACUGGCCAGAAGCGUCAGUGGCAGCCGUCCUCGGCGUGGGAAGCAUGGGAUGCGGCGGCUGGUGACCACACGGCGGCCGAGGCUGAAAUCGCGAAGCUCAAGGCAUGCAUGGCUCAGCUUCAGCGCAUGGUAUUGCGCCACGAGGACUCCAUAAACAUUGCCAAGAUCGAGGUUAGCUAUGUCGCCCACUUCCGCAUUGACGCGCCGAACUCUCUUGUUCGAAGCAUCUUUCUUGCAGCUGACACGUGGCGCAAGGCCAGAGAGAAUGCGCCGCAGACUAUCAACAAGCCUCUGCGCGCAACACUGCUGAAGUGCGUGUUCAUGGAACUUCGCACGCGGAUAGCGGAAAUGUCGCAGGAGCAGUCCCAGCGGCUCGAGAGUUUGGGGUGGUUCGACCCCAAGACGCAGGUCUGGUCGUACCUCAAAUGGAAUGCGCAGGAGAAGUCCCUUGAGCGCGAUAGCUCCAAGCCGGGCGUGACCACGGAAGCCGUGCUCUCGAUCAUGGAUGACAUCGACAAAGCCGUCCCUCAGCCUUACGCUGUUACUCGCUUUCACCCGACCAGGCCACUGGCGGCUGAGAUGAAGGGUGAGUCCCUGACCUUUAUGGUGCAGUUUGGGCAGCAGAAUGAUCAUGCAGAGAAGCUGUGCACGGUUGUGCCCGUGCUUUGUGGGCUCGCUGUUACACAGCUGAUUGCAAUGGCCAUAAAGCCUGAGUACUUGCAGGGCUUCGCCUGGGAGUUUCAAGACGCCGGAUCGGGUUAUACGGCCCGCGAUUCAGGCGCUACGCCCAUCCUAGGUGUUUGUCUUAACGGGAUCGAACGUCCUCAAAAUCAGACCGAGUGUCUUGCGCUGGCUUUGAUCUCUCAUGGACAAGCCUCCUGGACUCAGCUGCAGAGACUGAUGCAAACCAUGCCCAAGGAUGCCUCUAUGCGUUGGCCGCAGCAGCCGGCGCCAGACAUGGCCAUGCCGCACAGAGUGACGGUGGGUGCAUGGCACAGGGGGCCGAUGACAGGCUUGCAUGUCACGAUGCGCCGUUUUCCGUGGUGCUCUCGAGUUUUCGCUGGACUCCUUAGCACGUGGGAUCCGCGCCAUGCAUUCACUUCGGCCACCAUGAGCUUGAAUGUCCUAGCGGCUCCACACCGGGACUCCCACAACAUGGCGACAUCCUUGAAUCUCUGCAUGCCCUGUUCUCUCUUUCAGGGGGGCGAGCUUUUCAUCCAGGAUGAGGAAGGUCUUUCUCAGCUGCAGAAUGGUGGUCCGCGCGGCCAUGUCAUUUCCUUGAGCACCCCGGUGAAGUUCCAUCCCAGGCGAUCCGUCGAUGAAAGGGGUGGUAAGCGCAGCUUCCCUCGCUCAGACGUUCUGCCACUGCAUU